AUGAGGGCAGAGGGCAUGUGGCCCCUCCUGGCUCUGGGGCUCCUGGUGGCUGGGCUCUGCUCCAGUGUCCGCUGCCUCCCAGGGGGCGGGCUUCACCCAGAGGAUGUGACCCCAGAGGACCAACACAAAGGGGCGCCUGUGGGCGACCACACAUUCGUCUCCGGCAACACCGACUUUGCUUUCAGCCUCUACAAGCACUUGGCUUUGAAGACCCCCAUUGAGAAUGUCAUCUUCUCCCCGCUGAGCGUCUCCAUGGCCUUGGCCUUCCUGUCCCUGGGGGCCCGCGGACCCACCCUGACGGAGAUCCUGGAAGGCCUCCAGUUCAACCUCACAGAGACCCCCGAGACAGAAAUCCACCAGGGCUGCCAGCACCUCCUGCAGAUGCUCGGCCGACCCAGCAACCAGCUGCAGCUCAGCGAGGGCAACGCCGUGUUCGUCCAGGAGCAGCUGAAGCUUCUGGACAAGUUCAGGGAAGGCCGGGCGCUGUGCCCCUCCGAGGUCUUCUCCACCGACGUCCGGGAUUCCGACACUGCCAGGAAGCUCAUCACCGACUCUGUGAGGCAUAAAACGCAGGGGAAAAUUGUGGAGUUGUUCAGAAACGUUUCCCAGAGCACAGUGACGGUCCUGGUGAAUUACGUCUGCUUUAAAGCCCAGUGGAAGACCCGAUCUGACCCCCAACAUACUAAGCAGUCAGAGUUCCCCGUGAGCGAGAACAGGACAGUGGAGGUGCCCACGGUGACCACUGGGGGCCGGGAAACGCCUUCCUUCCGGGACGAGGUGCUGGCCAGCCCCGCGGUGGAGCUCAAGUACCCCAGCAAAGCCAGCGCGUUCCUCGUCCUCCCUAAGGAGGGCAAAAUGCAGGACCUGGAGGCCGAGUUGCUCCCAGAGACGCUGAGGAGGUGGAGAGAGUCCUUGCAGCCCAGCUGACUACGGAUAGAUGAACUCAACUUGCCAAGGUUUUCCAUCUCCAGCGACUAUGAGCUGAGAAGCAUACUUUCCCGGCUGGGUAUUAAGAAAGGCUUCAACUACGAGUCUGACCUGUCAGAAAUCAUAGAGGCCAACAAGCUGGGGUUUUCUGAGGGGGCCCACCAGGCCGUGCUUGAUGUGGGCGAGGAAGGCACGGAGGGAGCUGCUGCCACUGGACUCAAGAUGAUGACUUCAACCUUACAGGUGUUAACUGUUGGUCUGGGCGGGCCCUUUCUGAUUUCCAUGGUUCACAGAGAUACUCAGAGCAUCAUCUUGUGGGGGAAAGUCACCAACCCCAGGCAAGCCUAG